CUUUGAUUUUUUGGGUGCGGCUAUUUUUGUUGCAAUAAUUUGAGUCGAUGUAUUGUGGCUCUGUGUUACUAGAGAAUUAUAUUUUGUGAUAGAUAGACUAUACGAAUGUUAACAAAUGGCAGCUAACAAAAAUAAAUCAAAUGCUCAAGCUGCGCUUCACAAAGUUAUAAUGGUUGGAAGUGGAGGAGUUGGCAAAUCUGCGCUUACUCUCCAGUUCAUGUACGACGAAUUUGUUGAAGAUUAUGAACCAACCAAAGCUGACAGUUAUCGAAAAAAGGUAAUUUUGGAUGGUGAAGAUGCUCAAAUAGAUAUUUUAGACACAGCUGGACAAGAAGACUAUGCAGCCAUCAGAGAUAAUUAUUUUCGAAGUGGAGAAGGUUUUUUGGUUGUAUUUUCAAUUGCGGAAAAAACCUCUUUUGAUGACACCCAGGAAUUCAGGGAUCAAAUAUUGCGCGUUAAAGGAGCUGAUUCAGUAACAGCGAACAAUAUUCCAUUUAUUCUUGUUGGUAAUAAGUCUGAUUUAGAAGACAAACGUCAAGUCACACAAAGUGAAGCACAACAAUUUGCUGAUAAUAUGGGAGUUCAGUAUGUCGAAACAUCGGCCAAGACAAGAAGCAAUGUUGACAAAGUAUUUUUUGAUUUAUUAAAAUUGAUCAAAGAUGAGAAAAACAAAGUCGCGACUGCACAAACUUCAAGCAAUAGUCCUGAAUCUGAAGACUGUAUUGGACGAUGCAAAAAAUGCUGCACAAUUGUUUAAUUCCUCAUGUCGUCAUAAUCACAUCACGAAACUUAAGACCAUCUGAAUGGUAGUUGAAAACAAUUCUCUAUAUAAUUUUAUUUCAAGACUUGCAGUGGCAAAAUUACAACUGCACGUACUUACAGAUUUAUGUACUUGAUCAAUGUAAAGCUGCACAUUAAAUGUGUUUUUUGGUCUUUUAAUUUUUUCGAAAAAUUUUGUCAAUAUAUGUCAGAGACUAUAUUCAUCUUUCUGCCAUAACUCGCUAGUAUUUAACUGUUUGAGUACACUAUGUGCAAACUAUUUAAAAAUAAUGCUACUAUUCCAUUUUUUUAGCAUAAAUUGUCUUCAAAAAUGUUUGAGCAAAGUUGCAGUCAUGACAAUUUAUUUCAUGCCCAAACUUUCAUAUUCCAAAAAAUGAGAGAAAAACCAUCUUUGAAUAGUCACAUGUUAACUUUUUUCGGAGAAGCAGGACCUUUGUUUAUGGCACUCAUUAUAGUUUGAAAAAUUUUGGCAGUCCAAGGACUUUACUACGAAAUUACAUAUUGUUUGUUGCUAUUAGGUAAAUUAAUUGCUAUCCAGUAAUCAAUCACAUGUCAUAGCAUAUGAUUAAAAGCCUGUAGAUGAAGAAGUGGAAAUGACUGAUUUUAUCCUUGUAAUUUAUGAUUCCACAAUUUUAUCUAUAACCUCUGCUUUCUAUUUAAUUGUAUUUCAAUUCAUAAUUUGUUAAUACUUCAUAUCAUAUUAACCUGCAGAUUGAUCUUGUUCUUCCUGUAGAUAAUUUUUGACUUAAUUGAGGCUAUGAUAUUGUAGAAAAAUUGUAGUAUAUUCUCAAACUUUUUGCUCAACAUCUUGAAAUGAAUAAAUAUCACUGGUAAAGACACUGGUGUGACAAUCAAUCAGCAGUGAUACUCCUUUAGAGCUUCUGUGAAAAAAUGCUGUCCGUGUGAAGCAUACCUUAGAAUUCCAAAGUUGAUUAUAUUAUCUAUAUCUUUAAAUUAUUUUCCCAUACAAACAAAUUAUUCUGUGUCUAAUUGAUUCCUUUGGGACCGAUUUGAACAUUUAGUAUGAUACUGCUUAAUAUCUCGGUAUCCAGGAUAUUUGCUAUGUUCUAACUUAACUGAGCAGCUUAUCCUAUUUCACGAGCUCACGACACAACCCCUUUUUGGAAAUAAUGUCAUUCUAAUGUAAAUCAUGUACAGCCAUAUUCACCAGUGCUUCAGAUUUAUGUAAUAGCCUGACAUUUAAAUAUUUCGAACACUUUUCAAAAUAUUUGUCCAAGUACAUGAUUUAUGUGUUAUUGUUUUUAUCUGAAGUUGGGAGGUGCAUUUUAUGCAAUAGCUUGGGCUUGAUAUUUUUGAUUUCGCUGUUUAGUGUACAAUAAAUAUUAUUCCUAUUAUUAAUAUUACCUUGUGGUUUAUUGUCUGUGUAUAAAUAUGAUUUCUUCGUUCAACUUGGUGAAUCUUACAUUUCUUUCGACCUGUAAGAAUAUGUCGAGUUUCUAUAUUUUAUUAAAUUUUCUGCUAAUUGUUGUUUUAUUGUGUUUUCGCAUACUCUUUAGA